AUGAUUAAUAACUAUAAUAGAGAAAACUAUAAUUUCGAAUUACCAAAUUAUCCAAAUAAAUAUAAAAUUCCAUAUAAAAAAAGAGAUUUUAACUAUAUUUUUAAAUCUAAUAAGAAAUCAGAGUAUUUAAUUAGACCAAAGGAUAUUCCCCAACAAUUAGAAAAUGUUCUCACUUUUCAAGAAUAUCUCGAUAUAUAUUCCCAAUGCAGAAAACAAAUCAACAAGAGACAAUUAAAUAUCAGAAUCUUUUUUUAUGCUUCAAUUAUUUCAUCUUUGGCCUUUGUUAUUCCAUUUGUAUUGGUUCUCACUUUGACUCAUGCUAGUCAUGCUAUGGUUACUGUUCCUAUUGGUUUAUUUAUUUAUUUAACAAUUUUAAUUACAGUUUUCGCCAAAAGAAGAUACAAUCUUGAAAUUGAAUUUAAUGCAUUAAUUAAAGAUUUAAACACUAAAUAUUCGCAUAAAGGAAUUACUAUUUAUAAGAAAUAUAAAUAUCAUCAAAAAGGAAACGAUAGGGCAUUUGAAACCCAUCGUGAUUAUGUAAAUAGAAUUUACAUCUUUCAUGGCUAUCCACAAGAACAAGCUCCUCAACAACAAACUCCACAACCACCAAUAAUGUAUCAAAUUUCCAAUACAACAACAGUAACCUCAGCUUCACCACCAUUAUCGUCAUCAUCUGAAAUAAUCAGUGAAAAAACUCCAUUACUCAAAUCAUAA